GUCAUGCUUCGCGUUCCAGUUUAAGUUGUGCCGCGGCGCAGCGUGGAUGCACCGCGACUCGUAAACGAAGAUUCACGCGCGAUUCACCACCUGUGUAACCGUGAACGAUCGAACUGAUUAGCUCUUUGAACAUCCGAACGCCCUCAGGCGCGCGUGACUCGAUUCGUCGAGUAGAGGACACUUUGUGACGUCGAUAAAAACUCGAAGACAGGUGGUAGAGUCCUCGUAGAUUUGAACACAUAGGCGCGGGAGGAAGUUUGCGAACACGUUCAUGCGGAGUUCACUGAUUAUUCGUCGCGAGAGGGUCGUUGCGCUCGAUGAGAGAGGUCUAGGAAUCGGAAGGCAGGGAAAUUGAUCGUGAACAAAGGGCGAACCUGAAAUCAUUCAAGCUGGGUGACGGAAAAGGAAAGCACCGCAGAGUCAGAAUGGCAGACGAGGGUCAGCAGGAGCAGCACGCCCCCAAGGAGCGCAGAAUAAUCAGACAUUUGCCGUUUAUAGUCAAGAUUAUAGAAGUUAUACUGUCAGUGUUCGCGAUCGGAUUGAUAGUCGAUCCGUUGAAUUCGUUCCAGCGAAUAAUGAUCCGAUCGAGAUUCAAGCUGGACGACGUCGCGAUCAUUUACAUCAGCAUCGGCGGUUACAUUAUAAUCAACACUCUUUUCAUCAUUUGUCACUUCCUCGGCGACCGAAUACCAAGGAGAAUGUUGACACUCUUCUCUUCGCUGGGCGCGCUGCUGCACAUCGUCGCUGGGAGCGUGAUCGUCUACAACUGGAGGAAGAUUCAGACCCCUUAUUACGGCAAUAACAAUGAGUUCUAUCCGAGCAAACAGUACAUGGACAUGUUCAUAUCAGCGGCGGUUUUCACGUUCGUGAACUCGUUGUUCUUCGUCCUGGAAGUGAUUCUAACGGUAAAGUAUUGGACGAGCAACGCACAGUGAAGAGGAAGACUUAUUUUUCUAAGGGUAAAUCGAUUCUAACAUCUGUUUACUGCCUAUAACAUCAAGAAUAAGUAUUUUAAGGUAACCAUUGUUAUGUAGAUCUAUUGACAGCUGCCAAGAAGCUAGAACAAAUUUACAAGUAGAACAUGUCGCGCGUUGUUCGAGGGAAACGCGUGCGACGUCACGACGAAGAAUAUUUUAACCCUUUGAAGCCGAGUUUUGAUGUUAAUUGAAAGCUGUAAUUUCAUUGAUACAAUGAGAGAUUGAUACGUGGUUUUCUUGUUCUUUUAACACUAGAACUACCGUACCAGUCAAAAUGACUUGUUGUUUCGCAGUUUUUAAUACCUUAGAAGCAUUGAAUAUUUGAAAUGAUUUUGGAAAUAGUUUCACUUGGGUACUAUAAUGAAUAUCCAAAGAAACUGAAAAUAAUCUAUUGUUACAAUAUUUAUAGAGAUUACAUAUCAAUCGUAUUAAAUGCUCGGUAGUUCUAGUGUUAAGAUACUGUUUCAGAUACUCGAUGGAUAAUUCAGUUUGUGGAAAGAGUUUUUAGAAGUUUGAGAAAUUCUGCUGAGUCUGCAAGGGGUUGAUAUCUCGAAUUGUAAUGUCACGAGUGACGCUUAGUCAAUAAUAUAUUACCAGAGAAUAGUUACAUGUAUAUUUAUAAGUUUCUUUCACGAUUUUAAGGGAACUAAUUUAUCAUUCCGAGGAAUAAGACGGAGGAUAUGUUAUAAUUGAUACGCAAACGUUCGAGCCAAAUAUUCACGGAUUAAUUGUAAGAUACUUGUAGAAGUAACUUUUCUAGGGAACACGAAUGAAAAUUGUUAACAAUUUUGAAAGAUGUACAAAUCGUUAAAUUACUGGUUCAUACGAUGAGGUAUUAGUAGAUUAUUCGAUUGAGAUCGUUAUAAUUUCGAAUGAGGAAAUUUAUACGAUAUAUAAAUCUAUUUUCACUUUUAUAUGCAAUUUAUCAUCGGUAGAAUUAGUAAUUAGGAUAAGACGACGUUCGUUAUAGGAAUAUCCAAAGAUUAUGGAAUUUGCGUAUGUAUUAUGCAUUAAGAUCCACCGAAUAGAUAUCGAUUAGUUUAAUAUUAUGCUACAACCCAAAGUCUGUAUAAUUAUGCAGUUAAUUAUCGUGUAGUGUAGAUUCCUCGUUGAAGUAUUAGUGGUAGUAUUUUUGAGUUGUACGUCACGUACGUACGACGAAAUUAAAUCUCAGAAUUGCCAUGAAUAUUCUUAGGUAAAAACGAUAUGUUUUUUAAUAUUACCGUUUAAUAUAAGGGAGCCAAAAGAAUUGUAAUUAGUUGUGUCGCAUACGCUUAUCGAUUUACAUGUACGCUCGUAGACCUAACCAAACGUGUCUUUAUCAAAACAAAUCCGUCCAAUUUAAUAUUCGAUUAACAAUUGCGUCAUUUGGGGGAAUAAUUAUAUUUAAGCUUAUGGGAUAGAGUAAAAUGUAAAGGAAACGAAUAAAAUCGGAAUAAAUCAGAUAUCGUAUCAUUGUAUACAUGUACGAAUCGUUUAUCACACGCAUUAGAGUAAUAUUAACUUAAUUUAUACAUAAGUUUCUUUUAUCAAUAUUAUUCCUGUAACUUAUCAAUAUCAUUUUUCUUAUCUGUAUUUAUGUUUCGAUGAAAAUGCUUUACUUUGUA